AUGAAGGAGCAACCCGGCCGUAAGGCUGGCAUGCUGAUGGACAAAACCGUGUUUGGUUACUUCAAGCGGUUCGUCAGCGACGAUGAUGAAGUGCGAGUAAACGGAGCAUGCAGUUUGAUCGACUUCCUAUGCCAGGAACGAACAAACAAGCAGCAAAACGCCAGCAGCGAUGUAGCCGAAGAAACGGUUGCUCCGAAAAUGGCCGAAACUGCGUAUGCACUGAAACGUUUGAUUCGUGGCGUUGGUUCCAAACAAAAUGCUUCACGUGUUGGGUUCUUUACAACACUGGUCGGCCUGUUGGAGCAGCUUAAGAGUAAAGACGACGUGUGUCCGAGCGUUACGGAACUGUUCAGCUUGGUCAAAUCGGAACUAACUGAAAUGGAAGGCGAACAGGACGAAAAGCAAACAACUCGACUUGAGCUACGCACUGGCAAGGUGCUCGUUUGUGGAGCAAUCAUAAAAUCUGGGCUGAUCGAGAAUGCGUCCGAGAUGGAGCUACAAACCGUGCUCAAAAUGCUGAAGAAAGCCAUGCACGUAGUGCUCACACCGCUUGUGUACGCGUUUCUGAACGAUCUUGCCAAUCGGCUCAGUGCAACCAAGUUUUCCGCCGUGUUUUGGCCCGUAUUUGAACCGUUGCUGAAUGUGCCGAAGGAAAACCACACGAUUGAUUCGGUGCAUUUCCUACUGCAACUGUCUAUCGGACCACACAAGAAACUAAUCAAUAGCAAAUACUUCGAGCGCAACUUUGGCGUUCCAAAGUUGCUCCAUGAAAACAAUUUUGCGUAUCUGGCUGAGCUGCUGUUUGGCGUCGGAACUACAAUGGGGAUUAACCAUCCCUUUUUCGAAUGUUUGCUGGAGCAACUGAACAAACAGCACGCGAUGGUACCGUUCUGGCGCGAUAAUAUUGUGCCGGUGCUGGAGGAAGCGAAGCAUCGGAACAAACGCAAACUUCGGGACAUAAUUGUGCUGCGCACGGUGAUCUCGAUCUUUGGCCGGCUGGAAGAUUAUACCCUCGUGCCGGAGGUACUGCACCCGACGUUUGUGAAGUUUCUAGUGAACAAUCUUAAAAAUCGCUCUACGCACAGCGAAGAUGUACGGGGUCUUUAUCAGGAAGUGUGUGACGCGCUGCUCGCCUGCUACCCGAAGAUAGACGACGAAAGUGUGCGGCUCACUACGUUCCGUCUGUUGAUGAAUGCACCGGGAAGUAUCAUGAUCGACAAGUAUACCAACUGUAAGCUACUACACAAUCUGCUCAUUACACUGUCCACCGACAGCUUACGCACGAUUGCAGCCGAACUGCAGGCAUUCAUGUUGGAUGAGACGACGAACACGAACGGGGAGAGAUCAUACGCGGCCCAAUUCCUGCAGCGCAUAUUUUCUCUCCGUCAGCUAGUGCCGGGUGCGGGUGAUAAAGAGCCCACGGACACGUGGCACCAGGAGGUGGUACGGUUUUUCCUUACACUCGGUGUAUUCUACUCCAAAGAUGGAGUGAACGUGUUGAAAGGUGCCAAACAUAAUGAAGCCAUUUCAUCCGAACUGGCCACCACGAUGCGUGGUAUGUUUUUCCAUUCGCUCGAGCAUCACCAUGCGAAACUGUCGAACGAACGCGCCUUUUUACUCGCCACGGUACGCCACAUGGACGAAGUGCUGCGCACGCACGGUAUCAAGUCGUUGCGAAGUCCACUAACCGACGAACAGAUGAACUGUUGGCAUAAGAUGUUUGCCACCGUUGCGACCGAACCGUCCAAUAAGUUGCAAAGCAAAAAACCAUCGUCCACUCGAGGUGGUGACACACAGUGCGAGACAGUGUUUCACAUUCUGCUGAUGCACAUGGGAUUGCAUCUGUUCAAUGAUCCGGAAGUGGCUUGCAGUUCAAUCAACGAGCUGGAGUGUGUGAUGAAGCGCAUCGACGAGAAGAUGAAACAACGACGUCAAAAAAGUAAUGGGGAAGCCAAGGGAGAGAACAGUACGAAAAGAAAGUCGGUACAGCAUACGGCCAUCGAACUAGAACCGGCCGAACCGGAAUGGAUCGAAGUGGUGGUGGAUCUCUUUCUGAAUCUGCUUUCCCAAAAUUCGCACUUGUUGCGCAAAGUGAUUGGUCAUCUGUUUCCGCAUCUUUCGGGUGAGAUAACACUACCGGCGUUGAAUCAGAUCCUAUCGGUUAUCAAUCUGAAGGACAAAUCGAAUCCACUGACGAUGAAUGGUGAGGAUGAGAAUGAAAGUGAAACGGAGGAAGUGGACGAGCAGGAGAAGGAUUCGGCAUCGGAAAGUGGUGAGGAAAGUGAUGCAGCAAGUAAUGACGACAACACGAAGGAUAACGACGAGGUGGAGGAAGAGGAGGAAGAUGAUGACGAUGAGCUGAUGGGAGAUGAAGAGGAAGAGGAAAACAUUUCGGAUACAAUGCGGCAAGCAAUACAGACCGCGCUGGGUGGUGCAAACCCGGAAACCGACACCGAAUCAGUAGAUUUGGACGAACUAGAUGAGGAACAGGGUCGCCGGAUGGAUGAGGCCCUGGCGGCCGCUUUCCGGGCGUUCCGUAAAUCAAAACCAUCGCGGAAACGUAAGGGACCAACGAAGGCCGAAAAACAGAUGGAUACCGUGCUGACACACUUCCGGAUGCGUGUGCUCGAUCUGAUCGAUGCGUACCUCAAGCAUGAACCCGAUAUGCUGCUGUGCCUCGAGCUGAUGCUGUACAUUUUCGAGAUGCUGCCGGUGGGAUUGCGCGAGGAGGCCAAGUAUGGGGCAAUUCUGAACCGGUACAGACACAUUUUCACCACGCUGAUCCGCAUCAAAAAAUUCAAACGGGAUGCAGAGAGUGUGCGGAUCGAUCAGCUGGUGCAGAUAGUGCACGAUCUGAUCGAAAAGGUCGCUAAAGGGGUUGCCUUUCCGGAGCGCAACCAGUAUCUGUUGAAGGCCUGCCAGUUUGUGGUCAUCUGUAGCCAGGUACUGACCAAGGAGGCGUCAGAUGAACCAAAUGGGGUGGACAAGAUGUUCGGUGAGCUGCUGGCGGAGUUCAUAACCAAUCGCAAUCCAUCGCUUGCGUUCGGGGUGUUUCAAAGCUUAUUCCGGAUGCAAUGGUGUGGUGUGUGGCAUCUCGUAGACAGGUUGGUUAAUAGUGGGUUGAAGGUGAGCUCGGUCCGAGCUAUUCGUAGAAUACAGUCGCUUCAGUUGCUUCGUGAACUUCUGCGUAACCGACGAUUGAUCAACUCGGGCCAGCCACGAUCUGAUGCAGCACUGCGGACCAUCUGCAACAAUGCUCUCGUACCGUACGUGUCGGAACUUGAAGUAGCUGUCAGCGAUGGUGAUCGUUCGAUUGGACAGAAUGAAUUUUAUGAGUUGUUGCUGGUGCUGAACGAGGUACAAAGCCUUUCAACUGUUGGUAGCAAUAGCAAAAAGGCGGACAAAAAGCACCAGUUGCUUCAAUGGGACAAAAUAGGUGCACAAGUACAGUCGAUGCGCCUAUUUGCCAUUAACUCUCAAACGAUGACCGCAUAUCGGCAGCUUUGCCAUCGAUUGCACCUUACACCGGUCAGCAAUGAAGGACUGCCAGCAAUUAAGGAGAACGGAACUGUGGGUGUGACGGUGGAAACAUCGACUGAUGUCGCACCUGCUAAGAAAGGAAGCACGAAAAAACGAAAAUCAAUUUCGAAGGAAACAGUAAACGGGAAAGAAGCGGAUGAUACGGCCCCAUUGACGAAUGGGCAAGCUAUGAAUGGAAAUGCAGAAGAGGAGGAGGAACAGCACGACCUAAUCGAAUCAAAACAAUCUGGAAAACGUAAGCGAAAGAAUUCGGUAAAAACAUCGGCAGCGAACGGACACGAUAAUACCAACGGCGUUAGUGUGUUAGUGGAACAGAAUGGCGAAGAUGAACAGGAAAUGGUUGAUGCUACCAAUGAAUCCGAAGACGGCAAAAUUCCGCGGAAACGAAAGAAGGAUAAACAACAAAAUGGUGACACAGCAGCGGUAUCAUCCAAGAAGCAAAAACGACUACGAAAGGAGGCCCGCUUGCUGGCUGCUUCCGAAGGGAUGGAAGCGAUUUCAUUUGCUAAGGUAAAGGUGUUCGAGUAA